AUGGGCGCGAAGCAGAGCAGCCCCACCGCCGCCAACGGCCGCACCCGGGCGUAUUCGGGCGGGGAUCUACCUUCCUCCAGCAGCAGCAGCAGCGGCGGCGCUAACGGGACUGGCGGGCGCUCGGCGGGAGCCGGCGGGCGGUACUCGCACCUGACGGCGGCGCCUCAUGCCGUUCCCGGCGGCGCGGCGGCAGCAGGAGGAGCGGCGGCGGCGGGCAGUGCCGCGGGAACGGCCACCCGGAGCCGGUCCUUAGGGGGGGCCGCCGUCCCUGGUGCCCGGGCCGCGCAGUCCGCCUUCAACAUCCCCCACAGCAGCGGCCCUUACGGCUCGCAGGACUCAGUCAGCAGCACCCCGGAGGAGGGCGGCCGGGAGCGGCCCACGGGGGGCGGCGGUGGCUCCUCCGGCGGGCCCCGGCUGGUGAUCGGCUCGCUGCCGGCCCACCUCUCGCCGCACCUGUUCGGAGGAUUCAAGUGCCCUGUAUGUUCAAAAUUUGUAUCUUCUGAUGAAAUGGAUUUACAUCUUGUGAUGUGUUUGACAAAACCAAGGAUAACCUACAAUGAGGAUGUGCUGAGUAAAGAUGCUGGGGAGUGUGCAAUAUGCCUGGAGGAGCUGCAGCAAGGAGAUACGAUAGCACGGCUGCCUUGUCUCUGCAUAUAUCAUAAAGGCUGCAUAGAUGAAUGGUUUGAAGUAAAUAGAUCUUGCCCUGAGCAUCCAUCAGAUUAAGACCAGAUUCAUGAUUUUAGCUGCUUCCACUGAUCAGACA